CGGCCUGGUGAUCGGGGCGCGGCGGUCGUGGCGCGCGAGGCGCGGGGCUCGAGGCCAGAGCUGGCGGCGCAGGGUGUGGGGGGCGGGCCCGGCGGAUCCCCUAGACCAGAGUAGGGGCAGGCAGGGGGUGCCGAGGCAAGUGAGACACUGGAACUGAGGAAGCAUCAUGGCUGUGUUUCUGGAGGCCAAGAAUGCCCAUGCCGUCCUGAAAAGGUUCCCUCGUGCCAAUGAGUUCCUGGAGGAGCUGCGCCAGGGCACCAUCGAGAGGGAGUGCAUGGAAGAGAUCUGCAGCUAUGAAGAGGUCAAGGAGGUGUUUGAAAACAAAGAGAAAACGAUGGAGUUUUGGAAGGGAUACCCAAAUGCAGUGUACUCAGUCCGAGACCCCUCACAGAGCUCAGACGCCAUGUAUGUGGUGGUGCCCCUUCUGGGGGUAGUCUUGCUGAUCGUUAUUGCCUUGUUCAUCAUCUGGAGGUGCCAGCUGCAGAAAGCAACUCGUCACCAUCCUUCCUAUGCUCAGAACCGGUACCUAGCCAGUCGCACCGGGCAUAGCCUUCCCCGAGUCAUGGUGUACCGGGGCACUGUGCAUAGUCAAGGAGAGUCCUCUGGGCACCGCGAAGCAGGGAACAACCCACAGAUAGUGCUGGGGUCCAGCAGGGGAAGCAGAACCACAGUCCGGCUGGAGAGCACCCUCUACCUCCCUGAGCUCUCUCUCUCCAGACUGUCUAGUGCCACCCCUCCUCCCUCUUAUGAGGAGGUGACUGCACCCCAGGAGGGCAGCAUUGAGGAGGCCAGUGUCUCUUACAGUGACCCUCCCCCAAAGUAUGAAGAGAUAGUGGCUGCCAGUCCCAGUGCAGACAAGUAGCUGGGCACAGGCCCUAGCCUGUGUGAAAGCCUCUUCCCAAGGCAUCCUGCUUCCUUUUGAACUUCUGAAAGACUGUGCCACCACAAAACAGCCUUAGCCUCCUUGUUGCCAAAUAAUUCCCUGACCGUGGAUUUGUAGGAAGUCAGUUGGCAGAGACAUUUGGGGGUAGGGCAAGUGCAUGAGCCCCCUGGGAAGAGCUAAGCUCUUCCAGAAGUCCCCCCCCGACCAAGUCCCCAUUAUCCUGCCCUCCCGUCAGGGACUGGCUUCUCUUAUGCCAAAGGAACUACCCCAUGGUGUUGGUUGUGACCAGAAUGCCCACAGGAUUGGCACCUGGGGCUCUGGGGCUGGCUAGGGACCUCUGUGUGUCUGGGGACCUAGGCCACAGAGAUAAGGGAGUCAAGCCAGCCCCUGUAGCUCCCCCUUCUCAACAGUUCCAUGUCUGCUGUCCUCCCUUAUGUUUUGAGGACAGAAACAAAGAUUGAUCUAGGAACAAAACACGAGUAAUGACAAAUUAUGAACACCACAGAAGAAGAAAAUAGCACUUGGACAAUUCUUAGCCCUCCAAGGGAAAUCAACUGCACAGUCCUGUGGCACAGCCCUCUCCCGUCACCCAGCCCUGCAUUCCUCAUGAGGAUGAAAGGAACUUCUAGAGCAACCUGGCAGGAAGACAGAGUGUGGGAAGGAGGAGGGAAGGGGGCUGGGUGGCAGAGCUCCCUCCAGACCAAUCAAGGGGCCCGCUUGAACUCUGCCAUCCUGUUUCUGAUGUGUAUCAGCUGUGCUAAAAAUCAUACCAUAACCCCCCCCGCCCCCCGCAUGAGUCCACAUGUAGCCUUGAAGCACUCUGUUGUGGGGAAAAUUGCUCCUCCCCCUGCCCAUGGAGCCUAGGGCUUCUCACUGGUUAUUACAGACUGGUACAGAGAGCUGAAGUUUUCUCCUUAUGGGGUUGGUCCAUCCAUAGGACAAUUAAAACCAUGAGCUCUGCCCCCUUGGCACUGUGCUCUCUGGCUUUGAACUUUAUGAUGCUUCCUUUUUAUGUAAAUAGGUGCAUUGAACUUGAAUUUCAGUUUGUGAUUUCUCUUAACGAUGGUGCCCACAUUGGUGGGAGGGCAAGAUCCUGAAGUGUCUCUUUAAAAUAUUUUUCUUAGUGGGGGAGCCCAUGAGCUGGGGCGGAAAGCCUGUCUGGGGUUUGUUCUGCCAUGGCCAGGUGUUUUCAGUGAGGCUUUGGAAGCAGCUGGACAGUGGUGACUUGCCCUUUAAUUGUUAAUGACCACAUAAAAGACACUGUUGAUACAAUCUCUCCCCACCCCAGCUCCAUUCUCCUGGCCUCUGUGCCAAGUCAUUUCUCCUUUGUGGUGCUUUAAAAAAUCUAGCACAUUUUUGUGGGGCCCAAAAAGAGUGCAUAGCGUGGGUCGGUUGGCAACUGCAAUGGUUUCCAACCCACGAGUUGAGAAGCUUCCUUCUGUCUAAACUGGUCUCCAAGGCAGACAUUGGGACUCAUUCCUUGAAUGCAGCCCUGCCUUGAGGCCCCAGAUGACUUUCCCAUGGAUGUAUUUGCAGUCAAGCUUAUGUUCUUAUCCCAGUGAGGCUGCCAGCUUGGAUAACUCAAACCUGUGGCUAGGGUUGUCCAUUGCUCCCCUACCUCACAGGCCCAUUGGAGGCUGAUGGAGCUAAAGCUUGUGAAGUUCUUGAUGCAGUGAAGUUUGCCCUUAGCAAGAUUCUUCUGGAAACAUGUAGUAGCUAUAAGGGACUGGUUUUAACUGAACUCCUCAAAUGCCUCUGAUGUUGACUGUCAACCUAAGGGGUCAAUCUCUUUCCCUUUAACACUUUUCAAACCUUCUCCUCUCCCCAGAGUUUCCUGAUAGCAGAGAUGCUGAUCAGUUGGCAUUUUGCCCUCUUUCCCUCCCUCUUUUCUUACUUAUCCAUCUUCCUUCCUUCCUUCCUUCUUUCCCUCCAUCCCUCCCUCCCUCCCUCUUUCCCUCCUUCCUUCCUCUUCCUUUCAUCUUCUCUCUCUCCAUUGGUUCUCUAGCAUUGCACUCUAGGCCUUCUUCAUGAAGUGAUCUGGGGCCCAGAAGUCCCUUGCUUUUGCUGUGGUAGAGAUUGAGACCAAUCUCUUCUAGACAUGUGGGAGAGCCUGGGGAAGCUGGAAGCUCGGGGACCAGCCCAACUUUUCCCAGCAUUUUGUCUAGUAGGUGCCUGAUUGUGAGUUGAGAAUACAUGAAAAGAAACUUACCCCAGUGUGACUCCUCCCCUAGGUCGUACACAGUCAGGUAUCAGCUCCAGUGAUAAGAGCCAAAGGGAGUAUGCCAAGGAAUGCCCACCGUCUUUGGCAUCCACUGAGGCUGGCAGCUCAAGACUAAAGAUGCAUGAAUAAGAGCACAAAGCUGACUCCUGAGGCCUGUGGAGAGUGGCAUGCAGCCCUCGGGGGCGAGAAGCAGCUCCUUGCAUAUGGCCUGUGGGCUCUGGGUUGGUGCUUCACAGAACUCUUCCAGGUGACUGUGCCAAGGCCUCUGCAGUGGUUUUACAGCAUAUUGUAAAGUAUACACAAUGGGCAUAAUUCCUCACGGUGCACACUUGGCUUUUACGAAUGCCCUGUACAUAUCUUUUCAAAUUCUGUCUUUGUAUAGGCAUUAAUUUGAUACAAUGCUAACACUUCAGUAGCCACAUUUUUGUUCUUCUGAGACGUGUGUGUGUGUGUGUGUGUGUGUGUGUGUGUGUGUACAGUGUGGGCAACUUGCCUUUCUCAUUACUUCUGUGAAAUGAUAGCUGGUGUAUGGUUCUAUUUGUCCCAGGAGGGAUCUGCUCUGAAGGGAGGACUGUCUCCAUUUUGUGGGGACUGCACACUCUGGAAGUCCGCACUCACAUGCCCUUUUGGCAUGGUGCCCCUGCUUCAGCUCCCAUUCUAUAGGUGUCAUCAGCUGAAGGAAAUCUGAGCACUCCUGAAUGUGCAUGUGUGCAUGCGUGUGUGUGUGUGUGUGUGUGUGUGUGUGUGUGUGUGUGUAGAUACAUGACUAUUGACUUUGGAAAUAGUGGGACUAUUUACUUAGGUAUUUUUCACUGAAAAUGUCAAGGCUUUAAAAAUUCCUUAAAUUAUGACUGUCACUUGUUUUCAACCAAAAACCUUUAUAAGACUUUUUAAAUAAGAAUUGUAGUCCUAUCCCUCACCCCCACACUGCCCAUCACCUUGAAAGCACAAGGGGAAGAGUGGGCCACACAGGUGCCUGGCACGUGCACACUGCUGCAUGGCUGUGUGGCACCUUGGCUGAGGGGGGUGUGAUCCUGAGUAUUCAGACCCAGGAGGCUGAAGUCUCCCCUGCUUCUUGCCAAUCUCACUGCCAUUAGCAUGAAUUCCUUAGGAUGCUCCCGCAAACAGGCAUCAAUCCUGUUGUGUGGACAAUGCCUUUUUGGUAGUUCAAACAUGAGUGGUUAGCGACACGAGAGUGUUUUGUUUGGAAUCAGAUGCUUCCCCUCUCCCAAAGAAUGGUGACUCCCAAAUCCCAGCCAGAGUUGAUGAGUCUUUUGACAACCAAAUGGCAUCCCAGGAGAAGGGAAAACAAUUCAACAUUGCCACUAGAUUGUUCUUUAAUCCAAGUGAGAGCAAGAUGGCCAAGAGAGGCCGUUGAGUCGCUAGGGCUGUGUCUUUCUUGGACAGCAUGUGUGUGCUCUGACUCUGUGCCUGCUCUGGGCUGGGCUGCUUUUCAGCUUGUUAAGUGCUGAAGCUCCAUUCCCAGGCUUCACUGAUUCCCAAACAGUCAAAUCCUCCCCAUUGAAGUCUCCUAAUACUAAUCAGUAUAAUUAGCUAAUUUUAGACUACUGUCAGCAGACUGCUUCCAACUACAGUAAAAGCUUAUUAAUUUGAAGCCCACUAGUUCAGAACUUAGAGGAAAUCCAAAUUUGAGAUAGCUCAGUGACUGUGACUCUUCUUCCCUUCAGUCUGUCUUCAGGGUCUUCUGUGUAAGAGGAAUCCGCUUUAAAAUGGGUACCUUUUUCAGCAGAAAAGCUUGAGGUACCAAGGAUCCCUUCAUUGUGCCUUCAGCUUGGGGUUCAGCAGUUCUUGUGUGUAAGGCUUCUCUGCAGGGUGAGCCCUUGUUCUCUCUCUGUUGUGGGGACAUUCGAUAUUGCAGCCUUUCACUCCAUGUCUGUAUUUAUCCUGUGAAUGACAUAGUCUGUGGUCUUGAUUGCAAUUUAAACACAAGUAUGUGUCUUUCUCAGUAUUCUGUGAAGCAGACUGCCUGCUCUCAUCAUUCACCCCCAAGUCUUCAAACUUCUGAAGCUUUUCCUUUCCCAGGCCGUGGGAGGCGAGUCUCUCUCUAGCAAGAAUUUCUCUGACAAAGAUCUCCAAACAGCACACCCCCUCAGCUCAAUGCCUCAGCAGUUCUUUUACUGCACUGCUCUAUGACUGCUGAAUGUGCCUGCCUUUCUCCAGCGCCCAGCCAACCAAUUAAGACUGGUGUCUAGGAUUGGGACCAAGCCUCCAGCUGCUUUUUGCCUCCCAACCUGUUUUGCCUCAGUAAUGCCACUCUCCCAGGCCUGAAUCCACCUGCUAUUUCACUCUGUCAUUGUGAAUUUUUGACAGUGGCAACCCUGAUAUGUGCAAUUGAGCUUCUAGAAAUGAUUACUGUGAAAUGGAUUAAUUUUGGUACCCCUUGAAACUGUGCUCGUAUUCAUGUGUUGACCCAUGUCAGCUGGAAAAUCUGUACAUUUAGUCGUAUGUUGGAAUUUCAACUGGAGCCUGGGAGGAACAAACCAACCUGCUUCAGAUCCCUCGCGUGCACGCUCUUUGGCUCCCUUUCUACAAUUGUUGAAUUAGCUGUUACUUUUUGUCUCUUUCUGUAUAAGAUGAUGCUGAAUAACAAUAAAGAGCAAAU